UACUGUUUGAGAUGAUAUGCUACGGUGACUAAAAAACGUUAAGUUUUACAAAAAUACAAUUUUACAUCUAUAUAUAUAUUUGUAUAUGACUGGUUAGAUCCAGAUAAAAGCGGCUGUAGAGGCGUUAAAGAAAAGAAACCGUGUGAAAAACUGGUAAGCCAAAACCUGGAGCAUACGAGACGUCUUUGAAAGCAACAUACGCGCAGUGCACUCUGGGUUUUGAUGUUUUUUAUACGCUUUAAACACUCUGCGCUAUCUGCGGCGUGACGACAUUUCCCAUGAUGCCUCUGUCCACACCCGGAAGAUAAACGCCCCUUUACGGUUAACAUGACAGAUAGCACGUAGCACAACUUGUGAUAAUGUUUUGAGGAGUUUCAAAGUUCACAUUAGGUGAUAAGAGCCGCCGAGCAGAGCGGAACAAGCGGGAGUUCAUCCUGAAUAUGGCGACCUUUGUCUUCUGCUCGUUAAACAGAACGGCUCGAACUGCAGCCAGACGCAGUUUGAGUUCACAUCUAACGCGGCUCGCCGGUGCAGCAGAGCCGCCGUGCUCCGCUCACAGCCCGACGCUGACUCUGAGAUGGUUUUCCAGAGGAACCAGGUUCAUGUCCCAGGGGACCGCAGGCAGCUCCGCAGCCCGGAGAACCAGGAGGGGAGCCCUGGCGCUCGGAGGAGCCGCGGCAGUGACGGCAGCGGCGGCGGUAGCGGGGUUCCUGGCCAACGCUAACCACUUCCAGCGGGCGGAGAUGGCGACGAGGGUCUCCACGGCCGUCGAGGAGAAGGAGCAGGAGGAGGGGGACAUCUUGGAGAGAUGCCGCGGCUUCAUGUCUCCUCCGGUCACCGACAUCAGCGUGCUGCAGGGGAGCAAGGCGGAGAUGCGAACCAGGAUGGAGCUGCUGAUCAUGGAGACGCAGGCCGAGUUCUGCAGAGCUCUGCAGGAGGUGGACGGAGGGACGUUCAAGGUGGACCGCUGGGACAGGAAGGAAGGCGGUGGAGGGAUCAGCUGUGUGAUGCAGGACGGGAAGGUGUUUGAGAAGGCGGGCGUCAACGUGUCGGUGGUGUUCGGGAACCUGACCGAGGAGGCUGCGAGACAGAUGAGGAGCAGAGGGAAGGUCCUCAAAGGGAAAGAUGGUAAGCUGCCGUUUUGUGCCAUGGGAGUGAGCUCCGUCAUCCACCCCAAGAACCCCCACAUCCCCACGGUGCACUUCAACUACAGAUACUUUGAGAUCGAGGAGGAAGAUGGCACUAAGCAGUGGUGGUUCGGUGGAGGCACAGACCUGACGCCGGUUUAUAUCAACAAAGAAGAUGCCUUUCACUUCCACAACACCCUGAAGGAGGCCUGCGACAAGCACCACCCGCAGUACUACCCCGACUUCAAGAAAUGGUGUGACAGGUACUUCUACAUCCGCCACAGAGGGGAGACUCGCGGUAUCGGAGGGAUCUUCUUCGAUGACCUGGACGCUCCGAGUCAGGAGGAGGCGUUUAACUUCGUCAAGAGCUGCGCUCGCACUGUGGUCCCCUGUUAUUUACCCAUCGUAUCCAAACACCUCAACGACAGCUUCACCGACGAGGAGAAGGACUGGCAGCAGGUACGACGAGGAAGAUACGUGGAGUUCAACCUGGUGUACGAUCGAGGAGUGAAGUUCGGCUUGGCCACUCCCGGCUCCAGAAUCGAGAGCAUCCUCAUGUCCCUCCCGCUCACCGCCAGGUGGGAGUACAUGCACGAGCCUGCCAAAGGUACCCUGGAGGCCGAGAUGCUGGAGGUGUUACGAAACCCCAAGGAGUGGGUGUGAUGGCGGUGUCGGCAAGUUUACAUGUCACUAUGGACAAAACAUCCAGACACGUCUUUGUUGUGUUUUCCAAAGCUGUGACCCAGCGUUUACCAAAAUAAUAUCAAGUGUCUGAAGAGUUUUGCACUGGUACUUCUCUCUCUCUCUCUCUCUCUUCCUCGUUUGCUAUGUUUUGUCGAAUCAGCCUUGUUGGCACUUUAUCAAACUUAAUUUAAUGAUUGUUAACGACUGAGAUUUGUGCCAUUUUUUUUGUACUGCCUGGCCGCGUAAAGCAACACCAAAUAAUGAAACUGCACAGGUGACCUGCUUCGAGGUCCUUUUAACAAGUGUUUGUGUCACGUAGUAGUAGUUUUUUUUUUUUUUUCUACGCCUGAGCUAAAUGUGGCUUUUGCUCCACUUGAGGCUGUCAGAGCUCGACUCUCCUCAUCUUUAAUGAAGCACUGAAAAGGGAAAAUAAGGACAAACUGAGCCGCUGUGUGUCCGACCAAUGUCAAUAAAAGUACUUUUGAUGGCCAAGUGCAUCUGCUCCGAA